AGAGCGGCAGCGGCAGCGUGUCUGCUGGAUGCACUCAGUUAGACAGUAUACUGUUGUUCCUCACAGAGAUCUACGAACUAGUGUUAAACUCCUCAGAAAAAGGACAAAUUCUGAAAAAAAAGGAUCUGACACUUUCUCUCUGGUAGUUUUUAAAACGGAGAAUACAGAUUCAAUCAGGCGACCAGUUUGGAUUUAAGGUGGAAAGUCAAGAAGUCCCGCUCCUGGAUAAACAAGCGGAAUAUGAUUUGAAUCAAGGGAACUCUGUUGCUCGCUAACAGGAUGACUCCCCUCUCACUUCAUGUUUUCAUGCUGCUGUGGGUCUUGUGCCCCGGUACGAUGAGCCAGUGUGAUAAAUCAUCUGAGACCAGCAAUCUAAACCUCUCGGUCAGCUACGAGCUCCCCACAUUCACCGCAGACUUCCCAAUACAGAACAUGGUGACGCUCGCCGGCAUCAUCUAUGUCGGGGCUGUGAACAGAAUCUACGCCUUGGCUCCGAACCUCACCAAGCUGUCAGAGUACCACACGGGGCCGCUGCUUGCGAAUGAGACCUGCGGACAGAAACCGACGAGCACAGACGGUGAAAGGGUGGACAACCGUAACAUCGCCUUGGUGGUGGAGAAAAUGUACGAUAAGGGAUUGCACAGCUGUGGCUCAGCAGACAAUGGUGUUUGCCGGCGUCAUGUUCUGUAUGAAGACGGCCCGAAAACUGUCGACGAACAGGUCUCCUGCUUCACCGACGAAGCCAAGAAUGGCAAGGGUCAACCCAGCGAUGCAGGUGUUGUGGUCAGCCCUUCAGGUUCACAGGUUCUCAACGUGGAGACCAACAUCAUCAAGUUCUUCGUUGGGAACUCUGAGAUCCCGGGCGUAACGGGAAACAUUUCUAGCAGUGCAACACAUCCUCACACCAUCUCCGUGAGGAAGAUGAAGACGAGCCUAAACGGCUUCACCUUCUUCUCCAACCACUCCUACAUGGACCUGAUUCCAUCGCUACGUGGAAACUACUACCUGCGAUAUGUUUACUCCUUCCACAGCGGCCCGUUCAUCUACUUCCUCACGGUGCAGAGGGUGAGCAGAGACUCGCAGGCCUACCACACUCGCAUAGUCCGCAUGUGCUCGUCGGACCUCGAGAUCCGCCGAUAUGUGGAGAUGCCCCUUGAGUGCAUAAGCACCGACAAAAGGCGCAGACGCUCCGCAGACGACGUUAAAGUGUUCAACAUCCUCCAGGCAGCAAACGUCACCAAAGUGGGCAACGACGCCGAGCUGCAGAGGAAGCUGAAAGUGGAGGAGGGCGAUGACGUGCUGUUUGCCGCCUUUGCCCAAGGACAGCCGAACUCUCCGGAGCCGACGGCAAACUCAGCCGUGUGCGUCAUAUCCCUGAAACACAUCAACAACAUGUUCAAGAUGUACAUGCAGCGGUGCAACACGGUAGACCCGUAUCACUUCACAGGAUCAGACAAGAAGUCCUGCUACAAUGUGAGCUCAUCAGACGAAUGUGGCCCACAUGAGGGAAUCCAUGAGGGAAAAGAGGGCAAGUACCGCCUGCAGGUGACCCAGUUUGUCCAGCGGUUGGAGUACUGGCACAAAGACUUGACAAACACCUUGGUUACCUCCAUCACAGUUGUUCCUGUGAAUGGCCGUGCAGUGGCAUACCUGGGCACAGCAGACGGACGCCACAUAGAGGUGCUGGUCUCCAGGUUAGCUUCUCCUCAUGUCAACAUCCGCCUUGACUCAAGACCCGUCUCUGCGAGUCUGGCGCUGCAUGAUCCUGACCAAUCAAAUGGAGACCUGCUAAUGGUAACAGGAAACAAGAUCACUAAGAUCCCUUUGAUCGGCCCCGGCUGCAGUCAACUGACCAGCUGCACGUCCUGUUUGCUGUCGUCGAGGGUGACAGAGUGUGGCUGGUGUGAUGGACGCUGCACCAGAGCCAAAGAGUGUCCGUCCUCCUCCGUCUGGGCCCAGGACUCCUGCACACCUGCCAUCACUAAGAUUUUUCCGGCCUCUGGACCCAUACGAGGCUCGACAGUGGUGACAAUGUGCGGGCAAAACUUUGGCUUUGACAAGACGGAGAGCUUCAAGACCUCGUCGCUAACAGUGGAGGUGGCAGGGGCUCCCUGCAAACUGACCAGACAAGACAAUGUCAACAGGUGGACUGAGAUCCAGUGUUCCCCAGUGUUCAGUGGGAAUUUCACCCCAUCAGGAAACACAGUGAAGGUCACCAGUGGCAACAAGGUGGCCACGGUGGAGGGCUUCACCUUUGUAGACCCUGUGAUCCAUGAAAUAUUCCCCACAUUCGGGCCAAAGUCUGGAAGCACCAUGCUGACCAUCAGAGGAGCCUUCCUUGAUACUGGAAACAAGCGAGACAUCAUAAUAGGGAAAGCAGCUUGUAAGAUCCAGAGCGUGACUUCUACCAUGCUGACCUGUAAGACCCCUCCUCAUGGUGUCCCCUCCAAACAACCCGUGAAGCUGAUGGUGGAUUCGGUGGAGCGCCUCGCCCCCAUGCAGUUCACCUACAACCAAGACCCCAUCAUCAACAGCAUCCAGCCCUCGCGCUCCUUCGUCAGCGGAGGCUGCACGGUGUCGGCUCAUGGCUUCUUCCUUCAAUCCGGCCUCCAGCCACAGAUGGUUCUCACAAUCGCUCAGGAUGCUGAGGUGUUUCAUGUGAGUUGUGUGUACGGUGAGAACCGAACAUCCAUCCAGUGCACCACACCCUCACUGGUCAAGCUCGCUCUGCAGCCGCCCAUGGUCACCAAGGUGGCGUUUGUCCUGGACGGCUACUCCACAGAGCAGUGGGACCUGAUUUAUGUGGAGGACCCCCUCUUUCAGGACCCCAAGCUCACCUCCAAGGACAACAAAAGCAUUGUGGAGCUCAAAGGUGACCGGAUGGACAGGGAGGCGAUGAAGUGUCAGGUUCUGACCGUUUCCAAUCACAGCUGUGAGAGUCUGAUUUUGGUUGGAAACACUCUGGAGUGCACUGUUCCCACUGAGCUGCAGGCUACCACCGCCAAGGAGCUGCAGGUGGAGUGGCGUCAGGCGGACUCCAUCAGGCAUCUGGGCAAGGUGAUGCUGGCUCAGGAGCAGGACUACACAGGCCUCAUCGUGGGCUGUGUGUGUGUCAGCCUGCUGCUGCUGAUGCUGGCCUCGCUGCUCAUGUGGAGAAGGAACAAACACAUUGAUGAUCUGUCUGAGGUGUGGUUUGAUGGCCGGGGUCACAUCCAGCAUCUGGACAGGCUGGCUAAUGCGAGGAGCGUCAGCCCCACUAACGAAAUGGUCUCCCACGAGUCAGUCGACUAUAGAACCAACCUGCUGGAGGAUCAGGGCACAGACAGGCCAGAGACAUGCCGGUCGGCUGCUCCUGUCUACGGGGGAAACGGGGAGCUGCUGUCUCCCCGAUUGAGAGUUCUGGGAGGAGGGAUUGGUCUGGGAAUGGAGGGCGAGCUGGUGUCACCGCUGCUGAUGGCCUCGGUCCACAUCGACCCGUCCUGCCUCCACCCAGACCUCCUGACCGAGGUGCAGCAUGUGGUUAUCGCCAGGGAGCAUCUGCUUCUCCACCUCAACCAGGUCAUCGGCAGAGGUCACUUCGGAUGUGUUUUCCAUGGAACUCUGCUCGAACCAGAUGGGCAGAAGCAGCAUUGUGCAGUAAAGUCUCUGAACCGCAUCACAGAUCUGGAGGAGGUGUCCCAGUUCCUGAAGGAGGGGAUCAUCAUGAAAGACUUCAGCCACCCAAACGUCCUCUCCCUGCUGGGAAUCUGUCUGCCUCCAGAGGGCUCUCCGCUGGUGGUUCUACCCUACAUGAAGCAUGGAGACCUGCGCAACUUCAUCCGAGAUGAGGGACAUAACCCGACAGUGAAGGACCUGAUGGGCUUUGGGCUUCAGGUGGCCAGAGGGAUGGAGUAUCUGGCCAGCAAGAAGUUCGUCCAUAGAGACCUGGCUGCUAGGAACUGCAUGCUGGAUGAGAGCUACAUAGUGAAGGUGGCCGACUUUGGCCUGGCUCGAGACGUUUAUGACAAAGAAUAUUACAGCGUCCACAACAAGAGCGGAGUCAAGCUGCCCGUCAAGUGGAUGGGUCUGGAGAGUCUGCAGACACACAAGUUCACGCCCAAGUCUGACGUGUGGUCAUUUGGUGUGUUGCUAUGGGAACUGAUGACACGUGGAGCCCCGCCCUAUUCUGAUGUGAACUCCUUCGACAUCACCGUGUUCCUCCUGCAGGGGAGGAGGCUGCUGCAGCCCGAGUUCUGCCCUGACGCACUCUACACGGUGAUGAUCGAGUGCUGGCACCCCAAGCCGGAGCGUCGGCCCUCCUUCUCCAAGCUGGUGUCGCGCAUCUCCUCCAUCUUCUCCAGCUUCAGCGGGGAGCACUACGUCCUGCUCAACACCACCUACGUCAACAUCGACAAGAUGAGCCCUUACCCCUCCCUCUUCGCCUCCUCCCCCUCCUCCACUAACGACCCCGCUUCCUCCUCUCCGUACCCCUCGUCCGAUCUCUCCACCUCCACGUCCCUGCCGACACAGUCCGCCUUGUUUUGCCGCGUGGAGCGAGAGUGCUGCACCUGAAGGAGGACGAAGACUUAUAGUUUGAGACCAGGAGCGGUGGGAGGAAGCAGUGAGGUGAUGAAGAACUACUGUAUGUACUUGCCAAACACUGGACACUGGAUGCCGAGGACAAAAAAAAACAGUUUUUGCAGCUUUUGACUGAUCACUCAAUGUACAUAGAUCAUCGCCCUUAGACAGACAAGGUCCUCCCUGAACUAUAGGACCGACUUCAAUUACUUUUUUUGGACAACAUUUCUGACCUUUCAUCGACCCCGAGGACAUGAUGUCAGCCUUCCUGUUCCUCUACAGAACAAUCAAACAGGCACAGGAACUCCUCCUCGAAGCCUCCCAGCGGACAAAGCCCCCCUGUCACAGAAGCACAAAACUAUAAAUCCAAAACCAUCUCACUGACUGCUGUACCCACACAGGGAGAGAAUUCAGGUGUCUGCUCUCCUCUGGGUGGCAUGUGCUUCGAUACCCGGAUGUGGCUGGUAUCCGUCUGUAAUGUGAAUGUUUGACAAAUGGCCAUGUAGAAAAUGUCCCACCUCCACACGCCAAAAACAAGACUAUACGCCUCCCUCGCAUGCCCUGCGCCUGCACUCAGAGAGAUAAAUGAAGCCUUUUUCAUAGACUGUAGCGCCUCGGGUGAGUUGAAAAAAAAGGUGUAGGUGGAAGGUGGGAUGUGGGAAAAAAAAAAACCCUGCUGCCUGUGUGCAGUUCACUGGAUGCUUUAGUUGUAGGAUAAAUUAGCUUUUAAUGGCUUGGAUUAUUAUUUUUUUUUAAAGUCUAAGAGCUUAGUCGUGACUCACCUGUGUUAAAUCCCCAGAGUGAAAAGUACGAGAAGCGCCCUUUAUUUUACUUUUUUCAAUCCGCCAUUUCAUAAGUGUCCCACUUCGACAACAUGCACACGCUUGAAAGUUUUGAGGUUUCCUUAGAGAGAAGAAAAGAGAACAAAUGAGAGACAUGUCCUGGAGGUUCUUCUGUCAGUCGACGAAUCGCUAAGUGUUUGUCAGAUCAGUCUCUCGUUUCGUAUCCUUUACAUUUAUAUGACACAGAGCAUCUCUGUACAUGUUUAAAUUAACUCCUACAUAAAGGACAUUAGGGUGUGCAGCCAGAAGGCCUUUGGCUUAUUAAAGACCUAAAAGUUGAUCUUCAUUUUAAUAAUGAAAUAACUAUCAGCCAACACUUCAAAGAGGUUGUUGUCCUAUUAAUAUUUCAUUGACUACUUUUAAGUUUAAUCUUUUACCUCAGAGAGUUUGUUCCUGUGUUCGUCUGGGUUCAAAUCAAAGAGUGUGUUUUAAUCAGUGAUAGCUGGAUUUCACUCUUUCUUUCUGAUGGCUGGUUGACAAGUCAUAAGCAGAACUAUUGAAUACCAGUGUGUCUGCAAAUUUUAGCCUUUUAUCCCAGACAAAUUUAAAGUGAUCUCGUCUUUCAUCACUCUUUCAAAGCGUAGAUUGCAGUUGAAGUCUUUUUUCUUUCAUGUUUCUUUUUUUUUAAGGAUUCGAGUAAUUUCUUUACAGUGUAUGAAAAUCGCAUUUCUCAGCCUUGCUUGAGUGGUUUAUCAUCAAUGAUAGGAGGUUAUUCAGUCAAAAUGUAACUCUGUACUACAUUACAUUAGACUAUAAUGAAAAGUGAAGUUUGAUGAUUUUAUUUACUUACUGACAGUCAAAUAGACAAAUUGUUGCUACUACCUAGCAUUUGUUUUUGGCAAAGAUGGACCAAUAAUUUGUAAUUUACAGUUCAAUAAUAGAUUUAUCAAUACACAACACAUAAGGUUUAUUUCGGACCUGUUCAUUUUCUCUGCAUCAAUGAAAGCAGAUUUCCGCCUCUCCUAUAGAGAGUUAAAGCUCCGUUAUUUUUAUCACACAAGCAGUAAGGUUAAAAAGAGAUUUAUAAUAAACAGAUAAACAUGAAGAUAGUUACAUAGAUUUUUAUGUAUCUGAAAUCCAGGUAACUUGAUCAAAUAUCAGUUAAAGGAUGAAGUAGAGCUUGACCGAUUAAUCGGCUAAUAGCGUGUAAAGUGACUAUCAGUAUGGGCUAAUUUAAUUGCAGGUAUGUGCUGAUAUUACGAGAUUUAUUUACCAGUCAGAUAGCACUUCAGUUGAGUAUCAUUGUAUUACACUAGCAGUCCUCUGUCACCAGCAGAGGGCGCUAUAUGGAUUACAGCAAGCAUUAAGUGGUGACUCACAUACAUGCGCAGUUACUUUCCAGUUUAGUGACCAUCUUUUCUUCGUUAUAAAUCUUUUCCACAAGUGUUUGAUAACUGCAUUUGAGAGAUCAACACAAUACAUGUGAAUAUCUAUAUCUAUCUGUCUAAACAGAUUGAUCAUGAUCUAAGAAAGAUAUCGGCCGAUAUAUCUGUAUUAUUUCUUUUUUUCUCCCCAAUAUCUGUAUCGGCCCCAAAAAAUCCAUACCGGCUCAAAUGAAACAUUUCUGAACUAGUCUAUUAACUAAUCACAUAAAGUCGUUGUUACUGGAUCUUUAAUAUUAGCAUAAGGAAUUGAUGAUUUUUCGUGCAUCAUCCACUUCAUAAUUUUGAUUGAAUUCAUCUUGAUAUAUGAUCUGUAUCCUUGUUGUAAGUUUUUUUUUUUUUUUUUUACAGAUUGUCUAAAAUUAGUUUUUAUUAGAAUACUCUGCUAAUAUUGUGAAUUGGGGUAAUAUUUAUGGUUAAAAAAAGUGACCAUUUGCUUUCUACUCAGCAUGUCUUUAUGUGUAAUGAUCAGUAUAACUUAAGCAAAUCAAGGGUCGGAUUUUAAUGUUGUAAAGAAAUGAAUAGAAACCAGAAGAGGCUUUAAACAGUAGAUUAAGACAUCUGACUUUCUUAAAGUGUUUCGCUGUGAUGCAACAUAAUUUGUCACUAAUGGGCUAAAACUUGCAAACCGCUGAUGUGGUCAGUUUCCCUUUUAUCUUUGCUUCUUGUAGCAGCUUUAAGGUUGUUUUUUUUUAUUGUAUCUGAAUGGCUGCUGAUGUGACUGGGCCAUUGACGGACAGGUAUGAAUGUUUGCUAUGACAAGAAAUUUGCUGUACUAUAUUUUUGUAUCGAUGAUGAGCCUUGUCUUUGAAAUCUGGUCCGAUUGAAGGACCAGCGGUGAGUGAAUAGUGCCAUGAACAAUGAACAAAGCCACCUAAUCAGUCCUUGAACCACUGCCAUUUUGUAAAUACAGAGAAGGGAUCGUAGGGUCUGUGUGGGAUUUGUAGCAUGCUAUAAAAAAACGGUCUGUUCAACGUGGUUGCUCAUUUAGCUUGUGAUCAUUGCUGCGAGAUGUUCACCUCACUCCCCACAUGAUGCUCAGAGACUGCUGUGAUCCUACACCACGAUGUGUGUGCGUAACACUGUCUGUUCUGUGUCUAUAUGUAUGAUUUUGUUGUCCAUGAAAAAAAAUCCUGAAGGUACAUGUUACUAUGUAAUGUCAAAUCGACUUUGUCAGUGUAAUAAAGCUAUACUACCAGAGUA